AUGCCAGCGGCGAGUGUAAGCUACAAGGGGAAGACGCACGAGCUGUCGUUUCCCGAUGAACCUCUGCCUACAGUCGCUGAUCUACAAGCACAGAUCGAGCACGUGGUGGGCGUGCAACAGGACACGCAGCGAUUGUUCCAGAAGCAUCGUCGUGUUGACUGUAGUGACGAAUCGAGACGGCUGCGAGACGUGUGUGACGAAGCCGUUCCAUUUCUCUUGAUGGCAGGCGCUUCAACGGCUCAGAUUGAACGCAUGAACGCCACACAAAACGCCGUGCAGCGGGAGAUGAAGAUUAGGGAGAAUCGACACGUGGUGGACAUUUCCAAGCGGAAUCAAGGCGUCCAAGCGCGUGAUGCAGUGUCGACGACCUACCGUUUCCACGUUAUUGAGCCGCUGAACAAUUUUGCCGACAAGAACAAAGCUCAGGAGAUUUUGGAGAAGUUGGCGAAUGAUCGAGGUAUAUUGGCGGUGAUGGCGAAACACAAAUGGAGCGUUGGUGUUUUGGCGGAGAUGCCACCGGAUGGAAAAGUUGGCGUGGACCCAGUGUGUGUGCUGGGAUUGAACCAGAACAAAGGACAGAAAAUCUUGCUGCGUUUGCGUACAGAUGAUCUGCUUGGCUUCCGGAAGUUUUUAAGCAUCAAGAAGGUGCUCUUCCACGAGCUCUCACAUAAUGUGCAUUCGGAGCAUGAUAACAAAUUUUACCAGUUAAUGCGGCAAGUUGAGAGGGAGUGCAGCGAGCUGGACUGGACCAAUUCGGGUGGUGCCGCUGUCGGUGGCUCUCCCACCAUUUUACAGCACGAUGACUCAACUAGCUCAAGCGGUUCACGUGGACGCCGACUGGUUGGUGGACCAACAGGAGCAUCUCGACUGCUCAAUAUCUCCUUGCCAUUUGAAGAGAAGUCAGUUGCCGAAGAUGUUGAGAUGGGGGAAACUGGUCUUGUAGACGCUGAAACUACUCCGUCACAGCAAACAGACACACCUCAAACAACGGCUGAAGCACACGAUAGAACCGUCGACGAAGAGGUUGCAACGCUGGCCAUGAGCGAUCGUGAGAAGGGCAUCCACAACGCAGUACGUCACUUGCAGAGCCAUUACAGCCCCGAGACCAUAUCGAAGGCAGUGUCCUUGCUGCACAAGAUCAUAUCCAAUAUCAUCACACACCCAGCUGAUGAAAAGUUCCGCUUUAUCCGAAAAGAUAAUCGGAUUUUUGACAGGCACGUCGCACGGUUUCCAGAGUGCCUAGAAUUCCUGCUUGCUCUUGGCUUCGAGGAUCAAUCCGACAAAUUCGUGCUAGUACGUCAAGAUCCUGCGCUGCUCUGGAUCGGUCGCUCCACACUCGAAGUACUUCUGCUACCUGUGGCAGCGUAA